UUCAAGAUUUACGAUUGUACAAUGAAGAAUACUUCUUUAGAUACUUUCGUAUGAGUGUGGUCCAGUAUGAAGAACUUCUGUCUACGGUAGCUCCGAUAAUACAAAAAUCGUCACAAAAACGGGAAUGCAUUGGACCAAACGAGCGCCUCUGUGUUACCAUGCGAUAUCUAACAACUGGAGAUGCUCAAACAACAAUUGCGAUGAAUUAUCGAAUAAACCCUUCCUCUACUGGAAGAAUUAUUUACGAAACAUACAGAGCAUUAUGUGGCAAGUCCUAUCACCCAAGUUUCUGCAGUGUCCAAAAAAUGAAACUGGCUGGAAAUCCGGUCGCAAUAGUGAUGGAUUUGCCCAGGUGGCACACAGUUGGAGGGGAAUGGCGGAGUGUUGUUCAAAGAGAUCAAGGACUGAGACACCUAACAAGAGCUGGCUCAAACAACUAUUCACAAAGUGUCAAGCUUGUUCGUGAAGAUUUCAGCAAUUACUUCUUAUCAUGGCAGUGGGUUGCCACACAUUCUGCUGAGGAUGCUUGCGAUAUUAAUAAGCAGAAUUGA